ACUACUGAUAAUUCGUCAGCAUCCUCCACAGACUUUGACGUCCAUGGCAAACCCAAGGAUGACGCCGGCAGCAAUGCUUUUGCUGUCCAACUGAAGAAGUUGUACAGGAACAUAUCAGCCUUGGAGUCGAAGAUCCUGAACGAAGAUGCCGACGACCAUGCCGACGAAGGACGGGCGCUCCUUCAGAGCUGCAGUCGGGGUGUAUCAGAAGACGAAGCUGAGCAGACAAAGUGGGUUAGGAUCAUAUCAGAUCAUAAACAACUUGCGGAGCUCAUGCAUACUUUGAUGGAAAUCUCGCUAUCACCAAGCGUUCCGACCUUGCUGCGGGUCAUUCCCACCAAGUACAACAUCAUCAUCCGACUUUGGACCCACGGGUUUCACAAAGUGUUGGAGAACCUCCGCCGUGCUUCCUUCUCGUCACCCAUAGCUCUGGAACAUCUUCAGGACUUUAUCUAUUUUGCUUACACCUUCUACACCGGCCCCCUCGAGGAACCGGCCCUCCUUUCGUUCCGGGGAGGCUGUGCUAAAUCUAGUGGCAACCGCCCCGCUGCUCGCAUCGAUGACUCCCCGACACCCAGUGUGGGCAUUAUCGCUGCACGGAACAUGGUGGUCGAGCCUGAGAAGGAGCGGUGGAGAUGUAUCGCCCGCGAUUGGCUCGCUCAGGGCCUUGCUGAUACACCUGGCGCUGGCAAGCUUCAUCACCACCUUGGUUUGCUGAGUCGCGAGGUGGAGGCCGAAGAGCUACGUGCCGUCUAUCAUUUUGUAAAGAGUAUGACCACACUGCAUCCUUUUUCGACUUCCCGUGAGUCUAUCCUUCCAAUUUGGUCAUUAGCGGCACAAACACGUCGAUCGCAGCCAGAUGCUCGUGCCCCCGAGCUAUUCCUUGACGAUUUCCAACCAACACUCGCUCGUUUCCUUGAACGCUUGGAGAUUGAGGGCGCCGAAGAACGCGAAUGGACCAUGAUGGCCGUUAUCAACAUCAGUUCGCUUCUCGAGUAUGGCCGCCCAAGUGGCCUGCUUCGGAAGCUUGGGGCAUCCGGCACCCGAGACAUCGGGUCCAGCAACGUUCGUGUGGCCAAACGACCCGCACAGCAGGAUGGGAUGGAUGUCGACGAAGAUGGCGAUGAAGACAUGAAGCCCUCUCCUGCAAUGUCGGAACCCUCGGUUGGAGCAGAGGCACCGCUGCAACUCACGCUUGCUAUGCAGCUUGCAUUCGACAUGCUGUCGUUUGUCCUCAAGAACCCACUGCGCAAGAACUUGCAGUUCUCCCGGCCUUCCGUCAACUCCUAUAUCCCUGUUAUCCUCACCUUCCUUGCCACAGUCUUGAAACAGUCCGACAUCCUAUCUACCUUGGAGCGAUCUGUGCCUUGGGGAGAACUUGCGAAUCUCUUCUCUUCUCUCCCUCAAAAUGUGAUGAUCAACCAGGGUUUGCUCGCCCCAAGUCUUGGUCACGAACGAUGGGCCAUGCUUACGAGUGGAUGCGCGCCUCCACUUCCAGAGGAUUGGUGCCUACGCGGCAUGGAAUGGGUUGGCCGGAAGGUCUUCGAGCGGGGCUAUUGGAAGGGCGGCGAGGAGCAACGUGCAGAGGUGGAGAUUUUGGAUGUGGUGGAGGAUCAGGUAGUCGACGAUGGCGUGAUUGAAGACGACGAGGAAGACGGUGUCUCGCGGAAGUCCAAGGUCAGCGACAGUACUCGCCGCUGGACACGCAUUGCACAGUGCGCUGUCACCAUUUCGCAAGCCGUCGACGGCUUCAACUGGGCCGAGGGGACGAGGGCAUGGAAAGUCGAAGUUGCUCUCGAAUCCAAGGCUCAGCAGUGGUCAGUGGAGGACAAGCACGAGCGUGAAGAAGAACGUCGCCGUUCGCACAGAUGGGUUGACGAUUCGAUGGAUGUCGACGACGAGGCAGGUCUCGACGAGGAGUCGGAAGAGAGUGAUGGCGGCGAGGAUUCCGAGGCUGUUAGAGAGCUCAAGGCGCGCCGACAAUAUUUGCGCUCGAUGUUGGCCUCGUCUGGACGGACAGGUUCUGGCAUUCGCCACAACUGUGUUCGUAGAAACCACACCAUCAAGCCUCAGUACAGCCUCAAGAUUAUUCCAGGCUAUACCAUCCUCGUCCUCGACACCAACAUCCUUCUCUUGUCGCUCUCCAUUAUUUCAUCGAUUGUCCAAAGUCUCACUUGGACUAUCGUUCUUCCGGUGCCGGUGAUUAUGGAACUCGAUGGGCUCAAGUCCAACGAUUCUCAGCUUGGGCGAGCUGCUAAAGCCACGCUUGCCUUCGUCACAUCACACAUAUACUUGCACUCGACAUAA